UAGGGUUAGGGUUAAGUCAUCAAUACACAAAAAAAGUUAUACAGCUUUUCUUUUUCCCCCCUUCUCGCUCAAUCAACCCAAAAGCUGGCUCUUUUCCUUGUUCCUUACUCCUGUGAAAACUCAUUUCCAUUGAUACGUUCUCAGAAGCUCACUGUCUAGGGUUUUGAAAUGAUGAAGAAACGCCAAGUGGUACUCAGAAGAGAUAAUGGAUCUGGAAGAGCUUCUACUACUUCAUCCUCAGUGGUUAGAAAUGUGAGAUAUGGAGAGUGCCAAAAGAAUCAUGCAGCGAAUAUGGGAGGAUACACUGUGGAUGGUUGCAGGGAAUUCAUGGCAAGUGGAGAAGAAGGCACUACUGCUGCCCUCAUGUGUGCUGCUUGCAGCUGCCACAGGAAUUUCCACAGAAGGGAAGUGGAAACUGAGGUAGUUUGUGAGUAUUCUCCUCCUAAUUCUAGUCGAAGAUAGAUUUAUAACACACAUGUAGAGUGAAGAAAUUUAUAUAUAUAUAUAUAUAUAUAUAUAUGAUAUGAUAUGAAUUUGACUGAUUGUUGUGUGAAAAUGGGAUACACAAAUUAAUCUUCAAGCAGUGUGAUUGCUUUCAAAAUUUGUUCAAGAUUGUAUUAUAUCUCAAACUUCAAGUAAUGCAAAUCCUUCAACAAAAAUGGGGUUCUUUUUCUUUU